CGGUAUGUGUUCUCAAUUAUCGUUUCCUACCCCCUAUCUUAACAUUACUAGCUGCAUCACCAAGGCCCGUGGCCGUGCUGCCCAACUCGCUGCCGGAGCUGCUCACAGGUCCACCCAAGGUACCCGAACGCACAUACAAAUCUAAACUCACCAAGGGCAGUAUAAAGUCCUGUGAGAGUGUGACGAAGGACGUUCCCAUCAAACUGCAUAUGACAUACGCCACCAACAAAGCAAUCUCGAGCAAUAUCAACCUGAUACAAG